AAAGAGAGAGAAGGAGAAGAGAGAGAGAGUUGCGUGGUUUGUCAGCUUUUAUUUUCCUCCCCAGGCUCCUCCGUUUUAAAAGCGCGCGGGGAGGACGACAGGAUGGAGCGGAUGGAGUCGAUGGAGCCGAUCACGGCGCACUACACUACCGCUUACCCGGAGAUCCAACCCGACAGCGGGUACGAAUCCAGAGAGACUACCGACAGCCAGGCAAAGACCCCUCCAGCUCCGACCUAUGAUGAGGAUUUAGUGCACAAGACGAUCCUUGUCGGGGACAGUGGAGUGGGAAAGACGUCUCUGUUGGUGCAGUUUGAUCAAGGAAAGUUCAUCCCUGGCUCCUUCUCUGCUACAGUGGGCAUCGGAUUCACGAACAAAGAGGUGACCGUUGAUGACGUUAAGGUCAAACUACAGAUUUGGGACACAGCAGGACAGGAACGGUUCAGAAGUGUGACACAUGCAUACUACAGAGAUGCACACGCUUUGCUCCUCCUGUACGACAUCACCAACAAAACCUCCUUUGACAACAUAAGGGCAUGGCUAACAGAGAUCCAUGAGUAUGCACAGAGCGAUGUAGUCAUCAUGUUGCUGGGCAACAAGGCCGACAUGAGCAGUGACAGAGCAAUCAGGAGAGAUGAAGGAGAGAGGCUGGCCAGAGAGUAUUCAGUUCCUUUCAUGGAGACAAGUGCCAAGACGGGAGUCAACGUAGAGCUGGCCUUCACUGCAGUUUCCAAAGAGCUGAAGCACCGGGCCGUCCAACAUCCCAAUGAACCGAAGUUCCAGAUUCAUGAAUACAUUGAAGCACAGAAGGAGAAGUCGGGCUGCUGCAGCUACUUCUAAAUCUCCUGUCCUGAGUCCUCCUCCCACAGCUCUGGGUGAAAAGACUGUCAGAGACACACUGAGAGCUACAGAGUGGGAGGACGCCCAUUCACUCACUGCUGCUCCCGAAAUAUGAUGCUGCCAUUCAUUCAAGACUAAAAGCCAAAAGGAAAAAACAAGCUAUAGACUCACAAAACCCACAAAUAUCU